GCCUUUAAAAGCGGAAGAAAACUAACCAGCGUCCCUCAGCAGAGUAGCAUUAGCAGAAGUUAGCCUGUAUUUCUUAUUUUCUCUCCCCUGACUCUGGAUGGGUCUGAGAUGUCCGGGUUUGAGGAUCUGGAGGAUUUCUUCAGACGGAGACUCUUCGCUGCGGCUCGUCGAGACUUUGUGGAUCAAACUUCACCGUCUGGAUAUGAAGAGGAGCUUCAGAGACAGAAGAAACUGCUGGAUGUGAUUUUAACUCCUGAGAUCAAACUGCAGAGAACAGGUCAUCUCUCUUUAACUGACACAUUCACAUCUUCACACAGAUGUUAUUUUACUCUCUUCUUUCUCCUGUUAGAAAUUCAUCUUUGUGCUUCCUUCUUUUACUCUUGUGUGAUUAUAGAAAUAUGUCGUUUUUUAAUAGCAGAUACCGUAUUAUCACAUAUUAAAGAAUAAAGAGAAAAGGGCAUUGUCUGUAAAUAUAUAUGAAUAAAAGGAAUAAUGUAGCUGUGUGUAAAACUGCAGAACAUCAACAUAAACCAACAAAAAACAGUUUAAGUGAGAGCUGAGAACAACCAAGGCUGAGUAAAUUUAACCUAGACUUCCAAAAUCAGCAUCUCCUCAUCCAUGGUGUCAUCGGGGUGAAACGACGUCUAAAAACCUUUCACUUGUUCGUCUCCGCCCAAACAAGUGAAAGGUUGUGUUUUAUUUUGGAAAGAAGCCGGAUGUUUUGUUUUGUGUCUGUGCCCGACUUCCUUUCCAGCACGGGUUAAUCUGUGCUGAAUUUAUCCAGCAUGCUCCGUUGUCUGGGAAAAAUAGAACUCUUGCGAUCAGCUGCAGAGUCCGGCGGUCCGCAGAGGAACAGAAAGAAGCCGGUGGAAAUUGACACGUUAAAAUCAGCAGCGAUUGGGGGAUACAACCUUCUUGUAACUGUUUCGGAUGUGGUGGACAUUUGGGGUGAGAUGUCCUCAUCUUGGUAGCUCUGUGAAAAGAUCAGGUGAGGCUUUGCCUGGAUGUUUUUAGUUCACCCUAACUGGAUCUGGUUUACAUCGUUUCUUAGACAUGUUCUCGAUCUCAGCACCUGACAUUUGGCAGAAUCAGCCGACUGUACUGAUAACUGUACAGAUCUGACUCCGAGCAUCUGAGUCUUCUACCAUUAAAACUUCACUUAAAGCUUUCCUUUUAUGUGUCUCUUAUGUCAGAGUUUCCCUCUGGUGUCCAGCAGCUGUUGGUGGGAAAAGAAGAAACCUUUAAUCAGCAAGAAGAGAGCCCCAGUCUGGAGGAGGAGGACACAAAGCCCCCACACAUUAAAGAGGAACAGGAGGAACUCUGGAGCAGUCAGGAGGAGGAGCAGCUUCAAGGACUAGAGGGGGAUAUCAUCAGGGUCCAGUUCCCUUUCUCUCCUGUCCUUGUGAAAAGUGAAGAUGAUGAGGAAGAACCUCAAUCUUCUCAGCUUUAUCAAACACACCCUGAACAAACGGAAACAGGAACUGAAGAGGCCGACUGUGGAGAAUCAGAACCAGACACUAACUCCGACCUGGAGGGACAUUUACAGGCAGCUGUUGAGGUUGAGAUUGAGGAUUCUUCUGAAGGUGAGACUGAUGAGAUAAGAGAAGACCACUCUGAUGCUGAGACCGAUGAAAUAAGAGGAGAUCUUUCUGAAGCUGAGACCGAUGACAGUGAUAGUUGGAAGGGGACGUCAGAGCGCCGUUUAGGAUUAAACUGUGAGGAAAAUAUUAAAGACAAGGGAUCCAAAGUGGACAAGAAAGUACAUAGCUGCAUACAGUGUGGUGUAACAUCGACAAAGAAACACAAUCUGAUCACACAUAUGAGAAUUCAUACAGGAGAGAAACCCUUCAGCUGCUCUGACUGUGGUAAAAGAUUUGCCCGUAAAGAUAGCAUGGCCAGACACGUAAGAAUUCACAAAGAAAGGGCGAAUUUUAUCUGCUUCAAAUGUGGCAAAAGAUUCACUGAAAAAAGUUACCUGAUCACACACAUGAAAAUCCAUGUGGAAGAGAAACCCUUUGGUUGCCCUUGGUGUGGAAAAAUGUUUACCAAAAAUGGUUAUCUGGCUGAUCACAUAAGAAUUCACACAGGAGAGAAACCCUUCAGCUGCUCUGAAUGUGAUAAAAAAUUCAACUAUAAAAGAAGUCUGACACAACAUAUGACGAUUCACACAAGAGAGAAACCCUUAAGCUGCCUCGAAUGUGGCGCCAGAUUUUACUUUAAAAAGAGUCUGACUGAACACAUGGCGAUUCACACUGGAGGAAAACCCUUCAGCUGCUCUGAAUGCGGUAAGAGUUUUAAGCUGAAAGGUCAUUUGACCGAUCACAUACGAAUUCACACAGGAGAAAAACCGUUCAGCUGCCCCGAGUGCGGAAAAAGUUUUAACCAGAAGGGCAAUCUGACUGCACACAUGACGGUCCACAUGGGAGAGAAGUCCUUCAGCUGCCCUCAGUGUGGCAAAAUGUUCACUCGAAAAGGUAAUCUGAAGGUGCACAUGAGAAUUCACGCCGAAGAGAAACUAUUCAAGUGCUCUGAAUGUGGAAAGGGUUUCAACUACAAGUCAAAGCUGAGAGCUCACAUGGCACGUCACGAAGCAGAAAAACUCGUACAUCAAACGUAAAGGUUCCCAAACGCAUUUUAAGACUUAUAUUAGUUCACCUUAUUUUAUCUUUUAUUUCCGUUAACACCUUACCGAUCCUCACAUACUCUGUAUUUUCAGUUUCCCUGUCAUCGUACACAAAGCACUUAACACUUUCCUUCUUUGACUGAUCAUCGGACAAUAGUCAUCACCAGCAUGUUUCAUAAAAUGCUCUCAGAACUCUUACUUUGAAAUAUUUUGCUUCGUUUUCUGUUGUCCUGAAUAAUAAUAUGUGUGUGAAUGAGGUUUGAUCCACACUUAGGUAGUAUGAGAUGACAAUGGCAGUAACCAGCACAUAACUUAUCAAAACAGGAGUAUGAGAGCGUUCAUAUCUAACAGGAGAUUUUAUGAAAAGAUGCACAAUAUGAGCGAUUGUCUACAUUCAUUAUAGACAAAAAAAUGUGUAAAACUGUGUGGCAGUAAAAACAACAGAUCAUGUGUUGGAAAAAUGUGUUUCAUUGCCACCAACUGUUUGAAUGCAAAUGUUCAAAUAAACAUUGUAUAUACCA